AGGUGAAUUAAAAUUCAAAAAAAAAAAAAUAUAAGAGCAGUUUCUCAAACGUUGUCGCUAAUGCUUCAUAGUUUCCGAUAUGGUUUGUGUUGAUGAACAAAUAGUUCCAACACGUGGGCGAAUGCCUUUUAAAGUUUACAUGCCAAAAAAACCUGACAAAUAUGGCAUCAAAGUAUGGGCGUUAACUUGUUCAAAGUCUCGCUACUUUUAUAAUGCUGAGAUUAGGAAUGAUUGCUAGGGAAAGAGAAGUAGGGCAAGGGAAACGAGUGGUGUUACAGCUAACUGAACCAAUUCAUGGUAGUGGAAGAAAUAUCACAACUGACCAAUUCUUCACACUUAUUCCGCUAGCCAAAGAACUUCUCCUACGGAACCUCACUCUCCUCGGAACCCUAAAUCGUAACAAACCAGAUAUCGCUUCCUAACUACUUCUUCUUCGAGCUCAAUUUGAUUCUAUAACUGUGUAUUCUGAAAAAAAUGCAGCUAGCAAGUUACAUUCCAAAAACUAACAAGGUUGUUAUCAUGUUGUCUACUCCCCACACAUCUACUGAAGUGUCAGAAGAAAUGCAUCGAAAACCAUUUUCGAUCCUUCAAUACAAUAAUACUAAGUUUGGUAUAAAUACAGGUGACCAACUAGCUCAUGCAUGCACUUCACGGCGAAAGUCACUGCGUUGGCCAAUAACUAUGUUUAGCCAUCUCCUCGACCUUGCUACCAUUAACGCCAGUAUUUUGUUCCUCUUUAACAAGCCACAUUGGGAAGGUGAUCAUAGUGGAUCAAAAAGACGACAGUUCUUGCUGAAAAUGAGCCUGGAAAUGAUGAAAACAGCAAUGGAACACCGAAUUAUAUAACAUCCGAGAGGGGCAUUUCAACUUGGCCCUAGACGCGCCAUUGCUUCUAUGUCUAUAGAACAGAAUAUUCCACCGCAAGAUACCUUACUCAAAAUUAGACAAUCGUGUCAUGUGUGUCAGCUCCGUCAGCGACGUGUCUUUACAAGAUGUUCCAAGUGCACUAAACACACUUGUGGAAAGCACUCGUCAAUUAUUUGUGAUAUUUGUAAAUAGUGACGUAGAAUUAUCUCUGACAUGAAAUAUUGCUAUUUUGUUUUUAUAUUUUACAUAAGAAACCAUAAAUAAUA